CUUCCCUGCCCCGUCGCCCUCCUGAGCUCUCCCUCCUUCGCUCCAGCCAUGCACAGGACGGCUGGACCAUUGGCCCGCGUGCCAGGCGUCCGGGACGGCCGGGUAUCGGCUCCGUACUUUGAGCCCUCUUGGGCCACCCUCGCGUCCACCGGCCGGCAGAGCACCGCUUGGGCGACUCAGACGGCCCGCCCGACCAGCGCGUUCGAUCGUGCC